AUGGAUGUUUGUUUAAGCUAUUCAUACAAUAUGGAUGAUGAGAUUGCAAAGUUCAUCAGAAGAGUAAAUCCACCAAGGGUUGUAAUCGAUAACGAAGUCUGCAAGAAUGUUACUGUCAUUAAGGUGGAUAGUGCGAAUAAACAUGGAAUACUUCUUGAAGUUGUUCAAGUCUUGACUGAUCUUAAUCUCACUAUUAAGAAAGCUUAUAUCUCCUCUGAUGGUGGUUGGUUCAUGGAUGUUUUUAAUGUUACUGAUCAAGAUGGGAACAAAGUCACCGAUGAAAUCGUUCUUGAAUAUAUCCGUAAAUCUCUUGGCCCUGAUGAGUCUUCUUGCUUUACUUCGUCGAUGAGACCAUCUAUUGGGGUUAAACAAUCUGUCGACUUUACUGUGAUUGAGCUAACAGGAACUGACAGACCUGGUUUGUUGUCUGAGCUUUGCGCUGUUCUAAUGGACCUUCAAUGUAAUGUGGUAAACGCUGAAAUCUGGACGCAUAGAGCAAAAGCAGCAGCGGUUUUACAAGUCACCGAUGAAGAAACAUGCUGUGCAAUCACUGAUCCAGAGAGGUUAUCUAAAAUCAGGAAACUUCUUGGUUAUGUGCUUACAGGAGGAAGCAGCAGCAGGAGGUUCCGUGAACCGAAAACUACGGUUUCCUCUUCUCACAAUGAGACUUACACGGAUCGUAAGCUUCAUCAAAUGAUGUUUGCGGAUAGAGAUUAUGAUGAAUGGGAGAAUAAUGUCGAUGAUGAGGAUAAAAGUGGGAGAGUAGUUCCAGAUGUUGAUGUCUCCAAUUUGCAUGAUUUGGAUUACUCAAUAGUGAUGAUCAAAUGCAAAGAUAGACCAAAGCUUCUUUUCGACACCGUCUUCACUUUGACGGAUAUGAAAUAUGUAGUUUCACAUGCCAGCAUUGAUGCUGAAGGCCCUGAAGCCUAUCAGGAAUACUACAUUAGACAUUCGGAUGGAUCUCCAGUCAAAUCCGAAGCAGAAAGACAGCGAGUGAUCAAAUGUCUGAAAGCAGCAAUCCAAAGAAGAGUCUCUGAGGGCUUGAAGCUUGAGCUUUGUACAUCAGAUAGAGUCGGGUUACUCUCGGAUGUGACUCGGAUAUUCCGUGAAAACAGUCUUACAGUUACAAGAGCUGAAGUGAAAACAAAAGGAAACAAAGCUCUCAACACAUUCUAUGUGAGAGAUGCUUCUGGUUAUGAAGUUGAUGGUAAGACCAUAGAGUCCAUUAGACAAGUGAUUGGCCAGACAAUACUUCAAGUAAAAGGCGGAAACACAGACAUAAAACCGAGUUCUCAAGAAUCUCCAACGGGGUUUCUCUUUGGGGUUUUCAAGUCGAGAUCUUUCGUCAAUUUCGGAUUGAUCAGAUCUUAA